GCAACCUAGUACUGUAAGGUGGAUUCUGGAAAUCAACUGGUUGUCUUUUUUUAUUAUUAUCAGAGGACUUGAACCCGGCUGCGAUACGGAGAGCGCCGUCUCCCCCCACUCUGAUCCCCGGGACGGUGGAGGAAAGAAUCCUCGUGGAACCGUCUUUGGUUAUAGAUCAUGCCUAUCCGUGCCCAUUGUACCAUCUGUUCUGAUUUCUUUGACAAUGAGACGGAUGUUGCAGCUAUUCACUGUGGACAUACUUUCCAUCAUUUGUGUCUCAUCCAGUGGUUUGAUACUGCGCCAAGUCGGACUUGUCCACAAUGCAGAAUCCAGGUUGGAAAAAGACACAUAAUCAACAAACUGUUCUUUGAUGUUGCCCUAGAGGAGCAGUCAGCACUGGAUUCAGAAAGGCUACAGAAUGAACUAGAUAGGGUGAAAGCUCAACUAUUCAUGAAAGAGAAGGAAAAACGAGAUUGUCAAUGUAUUGUAAAUUCAUUGAGAGAGACAUUGGAUCUACGUAAUGCCACUAUAGAAUCACUCCAGAAAACUGUUUCUGAGAUGGAGAUGCUGUGUUCUACACUCAAGAAACAAAUGAGAUAUAUGGAACAGGAGCAAGAAGAAACAAAGAAUGCAAAAGAAGAAACUCAAAAAUUGCAAAGGAAACUGAAAUCUAUGGGGAGAAUUGAGACACUGCUGCAGGGUCAGCGUCCCGAAGUGGAAGAGAUGAUCCGUGAAAUGGGAGCAGGGCAAGCAGCAGUGGAACAGCUUGCAGUCUAUUGCAUCUCACUAAAAAAAGAAUAUGAAAAUCUGAAGGAGUCCCAGAAAGCAUCAAAUGAUACAGUGGAGAAAUUGAGAAAGGAGUUGUUUUCUGCUAAUCAUAAGCUCCAGAAAACUGUUCUAGAGUUUGAGAAAACAAUUGAAGAAUUGAAAAAUACACAGACAGAUCUGAGAAAUGCAGAUAAGGAGAUCAUGAGUUUGAAAAAAAAGAUAGGAGUCCUGCAAGAUACCAUAAAAGUGCCAUCAUUAACCAGUGAAGCCCUCAGCCGGCUUGUCUCGGAAAGCCCUGCUCCUGCAGAAUUUAUGAAUCCAAAGCUUCAUCAACCUGUUCACAAUGAUGAGAUUGACCUUAAUGCUACCUUUGAUGUAGUGACUCCAAAGUCUCACAAGACAGCUGUUGCUCCUGCCAAAAAAAUCAAGCUAGAUAAAAAGCCGACAUCUGUGACAAAUUUAUCAAGAGUUCUGAAAGGAGCAAUGGAGAAUUGCUCUACUGACACAGAUGAUGAGCAUCUAGAAGAUCUUUUACCUUCUUUUAUAAGAAAGUCGAUCCUGUCCAAGAAAACUCUUGUAAACAGCAUACCCCAGAAAAGCACAGGAAUUGUAAGAAUCGGGUAUGAUGGCUUAGGAGGCAGAACCAAGUUCAUUCAGCCUAGCUUCCCAACAGAGAUUCGGCCCCUGACUAUGAAGAGCAAGAAAAGAAUUGUUUCAAAGCAAACUAGAAUAAUGUCUUCUGCUUCUGGCAUCAAUCAGACUAAACUAGACAACUUCCUUAAGUAAACAUGGAUCUCCUUAGAUUAAACACAAAUUAACACAGAACCUGUAUCAUCUUCUACAGCAGGUAGAUGACAUGAUGUGAGUCAGGACAAGUGCACAAUGAAGGCUGCUGGUCUCCCCAUUGUUCUUUGGUCAUCUGGUGUUUUGUUGUUUUUUCCUCCAAACAUGGAGAACUGGAUUUAUUAUGCUGCCAAUCCUUGGGGCAGGAUGGAAUUGAAGUUUCAGUUCUAAAAUCCUUUAGCCAGUUUUUCUAGGUUACUGCUCAGUUUUCUAAUCCUGAUAAAUUAUGGUUUGGGAGUAUCAAUUUACUAAAGACACUAACAGCUAUAUCUGCAAUUGUACUAUCAACAUCUUCAUGCUUUAUAUGAGAAGAGAAUUCUCUCUGCAACUCCCAAGCUAUGUUAGUGUCUUGAAUGACUGAAGAAAGAAAUAUUCAAAAAAAUAACUUAGUUCAUGUCUUUUGCCUACAGAUGUGAAGGACUGGGGAAAAGAGCAGUAGGCUUAAAGGGUUUUUUUCCCCCCAAUCCUUCAUAUUUCUGUUUCACUGCCUGUACUUCAACAUAGAAUCCAAUGUGCUUCAUCAUCUUAAUUCCUAACUUCAAAAGUGCUAUGGAGCACAAACAUAGCAUCUGUUUAAAUAACUUACAGCAGCUGUGACUUUUCCUAGGCUUGCACAGCAGUUGCACAAUCUGAGGAAAAGAUGCAGCUGCUUUAAAGUGUUGCAAAUGGAUGCUACAUUUGCACUCCUGCACUCUCCGAAGCGCAUUUGGAGAUCAAAUCCAAAGUGCUGCAUUGCCCUAUUAGGAACUAUAUUUAUAAAAUAUACAGGGAUGACUUUGGAGAUAUUUGUUUUCAAUAUUUGGGCCCCUUGUUUUUUGUUUUGUUGUACCCUAUGAAACUAACUGUGAAAGAUGGUGGUACUUGUCCCACAAUGUUUCCUUUUGCCUUCAUUCAGACUAACGAACAGAAUAAUUCCAGAAUUAUUUUAACAAGUUCUUUAAAUAAGAACAUUCAGAUAUAUUUUGCUCAGUAUAAGAAAGGGCUAGAUCCUUUGUAAUUAAUGCUGCUUAUUGCUUUAAACUUUGGAGCAAAUCCCUUGGAAUCUGCAAAUUUUUUCAGAUAAAGAGAUAUUGCUGAUUUGAGGCGAAUGUCCAAUUUUCUUUGAUAUUGGCAGGAGGCAUCUUUUAACUAAGAGUGAGUUCAAACUUUUGACUCUGGGGAAAUCUUUUUCAAAAAAAGUAUCUACAUUAACCCAAAAGUAAACCACAUGCCAGGCUAUGGCAUUGAUGUACCUGAGCCUUAAAUAAAUUAAUGAAUAGCACUUUUGUUUGAAACUUCUAACUAAACUUAUGUACAUACUGAAUAAAUUUUGCAUGUGCAGAUGUAAAGUGUGUAAGCAGCUCUGUUGCUGCAUAUAUAGGCUCUACACCCACAAAUUGCUAUCUGUAGAUAAGAAUUUUGUGACACCUUAAAGAUCAAUACAUUUAUUAUUGCAAAACCUUGUAAUGGACCAUAGUCCACUUCAUCAGAGGUAUGGUCAUGUGAUAGGACUAUAAUACAUACUCUAUAUAUGCACAAAUGGUAUUGCUUGUGGGAGGGGAAAAGGAGGAACAAUAAAAGAAAAUGAGAGGUAAGAAGCAGGAUUCCUUUAUCUUUACAUAGUCAGGACCUUCUCUCCAAAUAAAGAUUCUUGGUACAAUGAUAAAACCAAAAUCUGUAAGGGCUAAGAAAAGCAGAGUCCACUGGGACAUUCCUCCUUCCCAAGCUCUAAUAGCUAAUUUUAUUUAAAAUUCCAAUUACUUCAGGUGCAUGUAAACCCUAACUUAUGAAUGGCCUGGGUUGAUAUCUGGAUAGCCUCUAUUUUAUCACUAUCUUCCUAGGUAUAAUAAAAGGAAGGAUGUCGAUGUCCCUCCUCCCUCCCCAACUGGAAAAACAAGUAAGUUUCCCUCUGUACCUCAUACAGAAGUAUAGCAAGAGUGGAGCUUUCUGAGCUUUCUCACCCAGAUUCCAGCUGCCCUAGUAAUAGUUGCGGAUGUAUUUACAAUGCUGGCCAAGGUUCUCUGAAAAAAAAACAAGACCCAGAGUUGGUAUUGGUAACAAUCUAGGACAUUAGCUGUGUUUCCAUUAUAUGCUUACUCAUAGUGAACCUAACCACAAUUUACUUGGUUAGCCUAGCUGUGUGGGAUUGUGUGAUGCUGUGAACUAUCCAUAUCAUCUGCACCAACAUUCUAGGCUAAACUGUGGCUGGUUAAUGUGCGGUUUAGUUUGCUGUGUGUGACUGCCAGUAAAUAGACCCAAGGUCAUCCAGUGAUCUUCAUAGUUUAACUUAACUUUUGAUCUAACUCUUCUUGCUCCAAGUAAAGUUCUGUUUUGCUAUACAACAAAUACAUCAGUUCUCCAAAUAUUAUUGGAACAGGAAACUCAAAAGAGUUCACAAGUAGCUACUACUGACAUUUUUAUCCCACAAAGCAAAACCAUUUGAGUCCAAGAAGCCCCCUGGAUCUCCAUCUCAAAAUUUCAGUCAAGAUUGUUUAAGUCUUUGGGAAACUUUGAUGAGAGUUCUAUUGACUUUGCUAAAUUUUGUACACCAAAUGCAGCAUGUUCCAAGGAAACAUAAAGCAGAAACCACAAUCCCUCAUAAACUUUUUCCCAAAAUAAGGAAAGUCCAGUUCAGCUUCAUUGGUGUGUCAGUUGCAAAUGUGGCAGUUUAACCUUGGUAACUUACUUAUUGCUCCCAAUUAGUAAGUUGAGUUUCUUUUCACUUUAAAUAUGUGCUUUUUAUCAGCAAGUAAGCAUUACAACUAGAACAAAACUCUUCUUCCUAUUUAGAGCAGGAAUUAAAUUCUUAGCUAUACCAGCCUGAUCAUUAUAAGAAGCCUGCUGAGUUAAUGACUGAGUUCCUUCAUUGUAUUCAUGGUUUAUUGAAUAAAUUACAUUUGGCUGAAAUGAUAUAAGCCAAGCCAAAGCAAACAGUUGUGACUCAACACAAAGUAUAGUCAUUGUGACUAUUUUGAGGAAUGUCCUAGAGUCUAUUUCCCCAGGAUGGUUGAAGAGAGGUAUUUCCACACUGAUCUUGCUUUAAUAAUUGUGUAAUUUUUUUUUUAAACCCAAUACUCUAAGAGUUAUGAUGUAAGUAAUACAAUUUAAAUGUUUGGAAUUGUCAUUUUGACACUUUUUCUUCAGAAGCUCUCUAUAUUCUGGUUUUAUUUGUUUUGUAUUAAUAAUACUUAGUGUUUCAGAGCAGUUAGCUCAAAAGAAGCUGUGAGCUAUGAGUUCCUUACAGUCCAUAGCUGUUACUGAAUAACUGGCUGAGGGAGGAGCUUUAUCUCCACCUUUUUGAUAUCCACAUCAACCACAGUUGUGUUGGAGAAAAUGUUUGGAAGUUUCCUCUUUCAGUUUCUUUUCCUUCAGCUGUUGCAUAGUACAGAAGGCAAAUUGUAAUCUAAAGGUGACUAAAAUAAAACAGUCAUGAGUAGAAUAAAAUAAUCAGGAUAUGGUAUAGGUUCAUAAGUCAAUAACCAGAGGUUUUUUAAAAAUUAUAAUGCUAUUAUUGAUACAAUGGCAGGCCCAGUUUUUAUUUUCAAUAAAAUGUCAUCUUUUCUAUGUCUUGCUUAUUGUUAUUUGUACUGAAUCAUCCAUAUUCAGGAAAUAUUAAGAAAACAUUGUUGGACCCAGCCAUA